AAAUCGGGGAUGUAGCUCAUAUGGUAGAGCGCUCGCUUCGCAUGCGAGAGGCACGGGGUUCGAUUCCCCGCAUCUCCAAAUAUCCACCAUUUUUAACACGUGGCAACUACUAAAUGGUCCACGUCACCUAUUUUUAAAAUGAAAUAUCCGCCAAUUCUUUUCUACGUGACAACUGCUAAAUGGUCCACGUCACUACGUUCUACACUAUAAUUUCCGGAUAAAAGGAAUUUGAAAAAUUGGUUGUUCCACCACCAAACUCUGAUCUUUUGGACUCCAAGAAGAAAGCCUCAGAGCUGCAUUAAUGGAGGCUCUAAUGCCUCCGGCGGGAACGCUGCACCGAUCUCCCUCCAGACUGCAUUUCCUCAAGCCUUGUCACAAUUUCGUCAACUCCACCUUCAAAUUCAAGCCUCAACACCUCUACACAUUCCGCAACCGCUCCAGAACCCAAGUCCCUCCUCCAUUAACCUUAAUAAACUGCAAGCUGAAAUCCUCGGGAGGAGUCAAGAAGCAGAGCGCUUCUAAGAAGAUUGAGCUAUGGAAUUCCGCUCCGCCGCUGUCCGAGGGGGCGGAGAAGAACGGCGGCAGCGGGAAGGAGGAGGAUCCCGUCAAGGCUGGGAGUGGAAGUAGUGCGGUGUCGCGGUCGGUGAAGAAGUUGUCGAGGAAGGUUUUGUCUCUGCUGUCUAAUUUGCCUCUGGCCAUCGGAGAAAUGUUCGUGAUUGCUGCGCUUAUGGCUCUUGGUACAGUGAUUGAUCAAGGCGAGACACCAGAGUACUAUUUCCAGAAGUACCCGGAAGAGAGUCCUUCAUAUGGGUUCAUUACGUGGAGAUGGGUUCUCGCCCUUGGUUUUGAUCACAUGUUCUCAUCUCCUGUUUUCCUGACAACUUUGGCGCUUCUCGGGGCUUCUCUAAUGGCUUGCACGUACACAACUCAGAUUCCCCUCGUUAAGGUCGCAAGAAGAUGGAAAUUCAUGGACUCACCUGAGGCUGUUCGUAAGCAGGACUUCUCCGAAACAUUGCCCCGGGCGUCAGUUCAAGAUUUGGGUGUGAUCCUGAUGGGAUCUGGAUACGAGGUUUUUCUUAAGGGGCCACGUCUAUAUGCAUUUAAGGGUCUCGUGGGUCGGUACACCCCAAUUGGAGUACACUUAGCCAUGCUGCUGAUAAUGGUGGGUGCAACUCUUAGCGCCACAGGAAGCUUCAGAGGAUCGGUUACAGUUCCACAAGGGUUGAAUUUUGUUGUAGGAGAUGUACUGGGACCAAGUGGGUUUCUCUCCUUUCCUACUGAAGCUUUCAGCACUGAGGUUCACGUCAACAAGUUCUCCAUGGACUACUAUGAGAGUGGAGAGGUGUCGCAGUUUCAUACGGACCUAUCACUGGUAAAUCUUGAUGGGAAGGAAGUUAUGAGGAAAACAAUCAGUGUGAAUGAUCCUCUACGUUAUGGCGGGUUUACAAUUUAUCAGACUGACUGGAGCAUUUCAGCAUUGCAAGUAGUCAAAGAUGGGGAAGGACCUUUCAAUCUGCCAAUGGCGCCACUAAAAGUAAACGGGGAUAAGAAACUCUACGGGACAAUCUUACCAGUUGGGAGUAUUGAUGCUCCUAACGUCAAGGGAAUAUCAAUGCUUGCUCGUGAUCUACAGUCCAUUGUGUUGUAUGAUCAAGAAGGGAAAUUCGUUGGAGUUCGACGCCCUAACUCCAAGCUUCCAAUUGAGAUUGAUGGGAUGAAAAUUAUUAUUGAAGAUGCAAUUGGAAGCAGCGGUCUUGAGCUUAAGACUGACCCUGGAGUUCCAGUAGUGUACAGCGGAUUCGGUGCUCUAAUGCUCACAACAUGCAUCAGCAUCUUAUCACAUGCACAGAUAUGGGCUUUACAAGAUGGAACAUCAUUGGUUAUUGGAGGCAAAAGCAACAGGGCGAAGGGUGAGUUCGAAGGGCAGAUUAACCGAUUGCUUGAUCAAGUACCAGAGCUGGUCGAGUCAUCAUCAUCGUCGGUCACUAAGCAAUCUAAAGACAUGGUCGCUGCAGCCUCCUUCACUGAUCCAAGUGCCAGACCCAGUUGAUCGCAUCUCGCUAGCUAGGGUCAGUGUCUAGUUCUUGCUGACCUUGACUCGCAAGGAAAUGUGCAUGCAUGCAAGCAUGGUUCAUACUUCAUAGGGAGAGCUGUUAGAGGUUUUGAAAAGUUGUGCAGAGAGAGCCACAAACCUAAGUCUCAGUUUGACAGCAUGCAAUAACAUAAAGGGUCCUACAAAAUACUGGUUAUGGCAUAUACAAGCUUCCACCCGAGGAUUGAAGGCCUAAGACGAGUAUUUUUCUGUGUUUAUAUCAACUGUAAACCAAGAAUGGAAGGAAAUUGUUUGAAUGUAUAGUUAAAGAGGGCUAGAUUUCACCCAUUUUCCAGUACAUCAAAGAAAAGAGAAAAACAAAUGAACCCAGCUCCA